AAUUACGCAGAAAUCUAAGGAGACAGUCACUAAGGAGUGCUCUUCUUAAUUGCGCAUCGGAUGUGCCAAGUGUCUGUGAUCACAGCUAACACAAUGCAGACAAUCAGAGGUCAGAGUUCCAUUCACUGCGGAGAACAGAAGCAACCGGAAGUAGAGAUGAAUCAUCUUCUCUCUCAGGAAACACUCUUAUCUCCUCUCGAAUUAAAUCAUGAAAUUUUCAGAAUACAGGAUAUAUAGACUCUUUUCGUGGAUAGUUUAAUUCGGAUCCCUCAAUGGAGAGUACCAGUGAUGACAGUGAUGUGGAAGGGCAGGAGGAUGAGUUGGGAGCUUGGCUUGGACAGCUGGAAACACUGAGUCUGGAUUUGGACAGAUCAGGUGACACGGAACCCAAGAAAACAGUGAUGACCCCCAAGGCAGACAAGCUGGACACAUUCCGAUUCUCCAUCAUCAACUUGGAAGAGAACCCAGACUCUGAUUUAGAUGCUCUGUUAGGAGAGCUGUGUCUACUGGAGACUCAACUGUCUUCUGCUCAAACAGAACUUAGCCACUCUCUGGAAACAGCUCAGCCAACUAAACACACACAGGAAAGUAAGGUGACAGUGGACUUUGAUCAGCUCUUCAACUCCACUCAAGCUGAAUUAGCAGAGCUGGACUCUCAGUUAGAAAGCUUGACGUCAAAACCCACUGGACAAUCAGAAACUAAUGAGAACUUAUCUGACCAAUCACAGCAUUGUGUGAAGAAUAAUGGACAUGUCGGCCAAACACAUGUAGAACAUAUCUCUAGCCCUAAAAAGGAGGGCAGCCAAUCGGGGGCUAAGUUACUAUACAGUUCAGGACAAAAAGGAAGUAGUCACUAUGUGAGUAGCGAACAAGAAAACAGUGGUGGUGAUGGAGACUCUAUUUGGGAACCGCAAACGCCUUCAACACUCACGCUUCCUGUGUCGCCAGUCUCAUCUGUUACCAUGGCAACAGGUCAGCCUAUCAGAGUCAGCGUAUCAUCUGAGGUGGAGAAGAAAGCAGAAGAGCGAGAUUCUGUAUUUUCUGAGGUGACGCCUUCCAAUUCUAAUACAUCCAUGGCGACCAUGAGUAGUGGGUCCUCGGGUGUUCAGGUCACUCCAACAGAGGUGUCACUGUGUAUUGAUGCGAUGAUGCAUGAUCCCAAUGUGCGUGCACGACUUGAUAGCGUGCAGGAAGAAUUGAAGCAAGCAAACGUCCCCCCAGCAGAACAAGCUGCUAGGCUGAAGUCAGAGAAGAUCAAGAUAGCUCUGGAGAAGAUAAAGGAAGCCAGUGUGAAAAAGCUGUUUGUCCAGGCCCAUGCAGCAGAUGGCAGCAGCAAGACCAUUCUGGUGGAUGAGAAGAUGACUUGUGGUCAGGUGGUCAACAUGCUGAUAGCCAAGAACCACUGUAAACCUAAUCUUAACUGGGCAGUGGUGGAGAGAAUGCCAGACCUGCUCAUGGAGCGGCUCCUGGAGGAUCACUACUUGCUGGUGGAGCACCUAUUGUCUUGGUCCAGAGACUCCAAGAAUAAACUGAUGUUCUUACAGAGGACAGAUAAAUAUGAGUUGUUCAGACACCCAGAGGACUUCCUGCUGGUAGGUACAGCCCAGGCACAGAGCUGCUCACUGGAUGAAAAAGGCAGGAUUAACUUGAUAAAGGAAUUCUUGUCAGAUUCCACGGGUACCAAAGUUCCUGAGAUGGAAGGAAUGAUGUAUAUCAAGGCAGAAGGCAAAAAAGUUUGGAGGAAACACUUCUGUAUCCUGAGGUCCUCUGGUAUAUAUGUCAACUCCAAGGGAAAGAGUAAGUCCUCCAAGGACCUGGUAUGUUUGUGCCAGUUUGAGUAUGUUGAGCUGUACACAGGACUGGACUGGAAGAAGAAGUACAGAGCUCCCACAGAGUUUGGGUUUGCUCUCAAGCAUCCCCAGAUUCAGAAGAAAUGUAAAUAUAUCAAAUAUCUCUGCACAGAGGAUGCAGAGACCUUAGUACGGUGGAUGACAGCUAUCAGGAUUGCCAAGUUUGGCAAACAGCUCCUGCUGAAUUACAACCAGUCUGUGUCAGAGUUCAGAGACUGGAAUUCCAAACUGCUGGAACUCACACCAGGCAACUACAUGUUACAGCAGGUAAAGAAUGAAGAGCAGAGACUUCAGGAGAUCUACCAGCAGCCAGGCACUCUCCUUCGCAGUCACCGUGACAGCAUCAGCUCAAAAUCCUCUUCAGAUUCCUCACGCUCCUCAUCUAGUCAUGGUAGUCAUGGUGAUCGAGGAUCAUCUUCUAUGUCCUGGACGGCCUCCAGUCCCCGUUCAAGUGUCCAGUAUGACCAGAGGAUUUCAGCCCCGGUCAGUGUCCAGUACAGUGGUCAGAAUUUAAUGGACAUUGAGCGGGGGUCAGUGCACAUUGAAGGUGGUCCUGUGAAGCGUGACUCACAUAGCAGGACAUAUAGUGACAGUGACCAGGCUCAGAGUGAGUUAAGAACAAGUAGUGCUAGGAUUCCUGUGACCACUGACACCACAAGGCAUCUCAAUAACGUUAGUGGGGCAGCCAACAGAUUACAACAGCAACAUACCAGCCACCAGGAGGAGCCAGUGACACCAGACUUCCCGCCACCGCCUCCUGACCUUAGUCUUCCAUACAUAGAGGGAGGAUUGCCCACAGCGCCCAGCAUGGAUGAGCUCCCACCCCCACCACCCCCACCACCACCACCCCUGGCCACGGAGGCUGCAGGAGGGACAAGAACAUCCAUUCAUAGUCAUUUAAAGUCACAGCCCAAGCUUGCCCUCAUAGCUGAGCUGAAGAAGAAAUCUCCAAAAAGCAGCCCCGAUUCUUCACCUCUUGGUUCAACUCAUUCUUCUCCCAGGGGUUCACGUCAGGAUGUUUCCACGAGGAUAGGAGGAGCCACUUUACAAGAGGAGCGCGUGGUUCACCAAUCAGGAGAGGCAGAGGCUGCUAGCCCAGGCCAGCCUCCACCAGUGGCUAAGAAACCCAAGGGAAAGGUGCCUCCCCCUGCUCCUGUCAGGAGAGAUAUCUCACCAGUGCCACCUAGCAGUGAGCAGUCAGACCAGGGAAAACCCCCGCCACCUGUCCUGCCUAAACCUAAACCCAAGGUGGCAGCAGGGGGUGGUGGAGAACCCCCUCAGUGUGGUCAGUCCUCUGUCCAGUCUGACACCAAACCACCACCCCCUGUAGCAGCCAAGGCAGCCCUCAACUCUCCCUUCAUGGCUGACCUGAAGAGUGCCUUAGCACGGUCUGCUGCUGCUGCUGCUGGGAAAUACCCUGGGGACAGAGUACAGACCCUGGGUAGCAGACCCCCAGCAGGGGAGGGACACAGCAAUAUGGAGGACCUUCCACCACCUCCACCUGAACUGCUCCACCAGUCACCUACCCCAGGGAAGAAGAAGCCACCACCCCCACCCAAGAGGAGUGAGAAAACACAGUUGUCUUAGUUAUUACAGUGUCCUUGCCUCCUCUUUGAACUCUGAGCAGAUAAUUUCAGCAGGUGUCAUAGUGACUACAGUGUCCGUGUCUCAUCUUUGACCUGUGAGCAGUGUUUCAACAGUUGUCCUAGUGGAUACACGGUGUCCGUGUCUCAUCUUUGACCUGUGAGCAGGGUUUCAACAGUUGUCCUAGUGGAUACACGGUGUCCGUGUCUCAUCUUUGACCUGUGAGCAGGGUUUCAACAGUUGUCCUAGUGGAUACACGGUGUCCGUGUCUCAUCUUUGACCUGUGAGCAGGGUUUCAACAGUUGUCCUAGUGGAUACACGGUGUCCGUGUCUCAUCUUUGACCUGUGAGCAGGGUUUCAACAGUUGUCCUAGUGGAUACACGGUGUCCGUGUCUCAUCUUUGACCUGUGAGCAGGGUUUCAACAGUUGUCCUAGUGGAUACACGGUGUCCGUGUCUCAUCUUUGACCUGUGAGCAGGGUUUCAACAGUUGUCCUAGUGGAUACACGGUGUCCGUGUCUCAUCUUUGACCUGUGAGCAGGGUUUCAACAGUUGUCCUAGUGGAUACACGGUGUCCGUGUCUCAUCUUUGACCUGUGAGCAGGGUUUCAACAGUUGUCCUAGUGGAUACACGGUGCCCUUGUCUCCUGUCUGUCAUUUGAACUCUGAGCAGAGUUUUUCAGUGGCUGUUUUCACUUAGACUGCUUGUUAACAAUUUACUUUUCAGCUUGCCUGUGUUCAAUUGCAUAUAUUGCUAAGAUACCAUAGAACAAGGUAACAACAAUUUAAUGUGAUUAAUUCUACUAUCCAGCAACUUCUUUAUAAAAGGGAAAGUAUUUAUUCUUUUCACUUUGAAUGUGAGUUAUUGAGAGAAAAACUUAUCACUUCCAUUCAUAUAACUACUUUAUCAUUGGCAAGGGAAGAUCAGUAAAGCAUUUGGAAUGUAAUAGUAGAACACUUCUUGAAUUAAGAGGUGGGGAUCACAGUUUUUAUCAUGAUAUUAAAAUUUGCUUUGUAUCCUUAAAAACUAAAAUAGUUUUGGAUAUGUAUUUCAAGGAGAUGGUGGUUAUUUCUGCCCUUUUGAAGACAAACUUUAUCUUUAUUAACAUGGUAUUCUGUAUGCUAUGAUCUCUUUAUCAUGCCAGGUAUGUGGAUGCUCCUCCUUAUAUUGUAAGAAAGAUUAUACUGUUGGAGUUGGUUUUUUAAAACCUAAAAUACAGACACUGUAAUCCUUUUUAUUUAAAAAUAAGACCGGAUAUAACACUUCUUUUAAUAAUGGAAUGCCCUAAGCAUUCCAUUGAAAACUUGAACUGAAAACUGCUGAAAUGUAAGACAAGCUUGAAACUUGUCAGUCCUGUCUUGAACACAGUGCCACCUAUAGAUGAUAUUAUUGUGUAUGAUGCAGUGCCGUAGCUCUCCCCACAAAAAUGGUGAUUUCUGCCAGGGCAGGACAGGCCUUGGCACUCAUUGCAGCUUUAUUGGUGAAUUACUGACAAGACUAGGAAAGCUUUAACAUCCCUUUAACUAAAAUGAGAACUUUUUAUCAAGAAGCCAUAUCAGUCUUGCCCACUAUAAGAAUUAAUCUAUCAAUUUUUUUGUCACAGGGACAGUUCCUUGUGUGCGGAAACAUUUAUACUACUUUUAUAUACAGUGCUAACUAACUCAAAGUAUUGCCAUAUUUACCUGACUGAUUUUUUUUUGUGUAUCUAACUUUGAUAUAUAUUUUCAUCAACUUGUGCCAUAGAUACUAAAUAAUGCAUGGGAGUGACUGAAUUGUCAGCCAAAAGACGUAUCAUGAUACAGAAUCAGAUAUCCAGCUUUAGCAUUUUAUUUUUAGUUGAAUUGUAUUACAAUAUUGUCUGUUUACUGCCUGGAAUUUUUUGAUAUAUGUUUUUUUAUUAUUAUUAUUAUUUUGAAGUAAUGAAGAAGUAGGUGGUCAAAGUUUUUUAUACGUUUUGCUUUCUGAGCAUAAGCUCAACUUGAGUCUUCAUCUUUUCUCAGUUCAAAAGGCAGUAGGUACCAGACUGGUAGUUAGUAUGGGGCUGGCUGGCUAACUGUUUUCCUGAACUUACUUCAAACUUGUCAACUCCGGAACCAGCUUGUAUUUCUUUAUAAUCUGUCUUUUUGCAUUUACAUUAAACUUAACUGCCAUUAUAAGAAACCUUUUUAUGGUUUAUCUCAGUGAGACUGCUGAUGUGUUCUUCUAACCUUUAAAUUCUCUACUCUGCUGCUUGAAUAUACCAUGUCUCAGAGGAGGUGUAGUAUGAAGGUCUCUGAAUGAUUCUUUUUAAUACAACACUCAUACCACUAAUAACUGACACUUUUGAACUUUUUAUGUUCAAGGCUUAGUACUAGCUGGCUAAGUUUUUUCUAAAAUAUUCAUUGUUAGUUGGUUUAUUGUACAAUGUAGACCAGUGUAUUUGAAAUACUCAAAGUAUUAUGUUUUAGUAGUAUUGUAACAUAUCAGUGUGUUUUUAAGACUAGGAUAUACAUACAUCCUAUGUUAUAUCAUCACUGGACAUUCACAUUACAGCUUGUCUUAUCAGUGUUCUUUUUGCCAUAUUUCUAUCUUGUGUAAUGUUCAGAGAUGUUAUUUUAAAGCUGAUAUUAGCUCACAGUCUGUAAUAAAACUGUACUAAGAUGGGAUUUUAAUAGGAUGAAGACAGAUAGUAAAAAGACUGGAGUGAUUAAUUAUCACAAUUGUUUUAAGUUUAAAGAAAUUCAUUUUUACAUCAAAAUACUAAAUUGGGGAUUUCCAUAGAGAUGUCAAGCUCCAUUUAUUGGUAUAAGUAGGGAAUACAGGGUGAGCAGCGUACAGUAAAUUAAGUCGACAGUUUCUGUAUACCAUUGAAGUAAUUCACAAUAGUUUCUUUUUUUCGGGGAAAGUGUUUUUAGCUUGACCCGAAUCUGAUGGCAAUAGAGUGAUCUUUUCGCUUAACUUACUAAUGUGCAAUAAACUGCGCCAAGAUGUGAUUAGUCGUUAACGAUAUCUUGAUUUUUGUACAGUGUAAUUUUUUAUUUACUUUUAGUUUGAAAUUGAUUAUAAUAUCGAGCAAUUGCUUGUUUGUGACUUAGGUAAAAUGAUAGUGUGAAAGUCGAUCUGUGCUUGAAGUCGAGAAAUGAGACCACACCGUGAUACGUCUGUAUACGAGAUCUGUCUUUUAGGAAAAGAUGACGAUCAGAUCGCACUUACUGAAUGCAAUUUAAUAUCUAUGAUUUGUCUGUGUUAAUAGUUUAAAAUCUUAAAUCAUCAUUUAAUGGGCAUCUUUAAUACCCCUGUGGAUGUUUAUUGUACAUUUUAAGGUUACUGUAGAAAAGCGUAGUCUAGUUUUCUACUAGUGUACAUUGAAAGCUAUACACAGAGCAGAUCUAACCUAUAGACCCCUAGUAUGCCGUGUACGGUAUACAUGUACAUGCUAGGUCUUAUAUAGAAAUAAUGUCAUGAUGCUACACUCUAGGUGCUUCGCGCGUGUAUAAACCAAGAUUUAUGAAUAAAA